AUUUCCAUCAGAAAAAACUACCCAAUUCUUCUCCUUCCACAGCAAUUGAGAGACAAAGGAAAGAAAAUCAAUGAGAGAUUUUGAGCUGGAAAAAGUAGAGUAUGUGGAAAUCAAGGACACAAUAUACAAAAAGCUCAAGGGAGAUUUUUUUUUCCAUUCAGAAAAAGAGGCAAAUAUCUGGAAGUGAGUGGGGAGCUAAAGGUUAAUUGGAUGAGCACAUAGGGCAGACAAUAAGACAAGUGUUGCCGUGGGAGGAAGAAAAGGGCUUAAAUCAAAGCACCACUAAACAAGGGAUCACAUAUAUUUUUGACCUUCUCAAGAAUAUCAGUGGUGGAAAAGCUCGAUAGUUGUGCCUAUUACGGAUAAAGCAGACUUCAAAUCGCAAGUGAUUAAGCAGGGAAGAAUCCACACUGGAGAAACCACAUAUAAAUGAUCUGAAUGUGGCAAAAGCUUUUGUUAGAUCCUUUCAGUUCGCAGAAGAAUCCACCUGGCAGAGAUGCCCUACAAGUGCUUCGAAUGUAGUAAAUCCUUUAAGAAAAAUGGCAACUUGUUGAUACAUCUGAGGACUCAUAGCAGCGAGAAGCCGCAUGACUGUCCAGAUUGUGGGAAACAUUUCAUUGGAUAUUCCCACUUCGUGAGACACCUGAGGACUCACACGGGAGAGAAACCUUUUGAAUGUCAUGAUUGUGGGAAAAGUUUCAGUUAUAAUUCCGAACUGGUAAGGCAUCAGAGAACUCACACAGGAGAGAAACCCUUUGAAUGUUCUCUUUGUGGGAAAAGUUUCAGUCAGAAUUCUGACCUCGUGAAACACCAGAGGACUCACACAGGAGAGAAACCCUUUGAAUGUCGUCUUUGUGGGAAAAGUUUCAGACAAAAUUCCAGCCUGGUAAGUCAUCAGAGGACUCACACAGGAGAGAAACCUUUUGAAUGUCCUGUUUGUGGGAAAAGUUUCAGUCGGAAUUAUCUCCUGGUGAUCCAUCAGAGUACUCACACAGGAGAAAAACCCUUUGAAUGUCCCAUUUGUGAGAAAAGUUUCAGACAGAAUUAUGACUUGGUGAUACACCAGAGGACUCACACAGGAGAGAAACCGUUUGAAUGUCUUGUUUGUGGGAAAUGUUUCAGUCAGAAUUCCAGCCUCAUAAGUCAUCAGAGGACUCAUACAGGAGAGAAACCCUUUGAAUGUUCUGUUUGUGGGAAAGGUUUCAGCAAGAAUUCCAACCUGGUAACACAUCAGAGGACUCACACAGGAGAAAAACCCUUUGAAUGUCCUGUUUGUGGGAAAAGUUUCAGUCAGAAUUCUGACCUGGCGAAACACCAGAGGACUCACACUGGACAGAAACCCUUUGACUGUCGUCUUUGUGGGAAAAGUUUCAGACAGAAUUCUGACUUGGUGAAACACCAGAGGACUCACACAGGAGAGAAACCUUUUGAAUGUCCUGUUUGUGGGAAAAGUUUCAGUCGGAAUUAUCUCCUGGUGAUCCAUCAGAGUACUCACACAGGAGAAAAACCCUUUGAAUGUCCUGUUUGUGGGAAAAGUUUCAGACAGAAUUAUGAAUUGGUGAAACACCAGAGGACUCACACAGGAGAGAAACCCUUUGAAUGUCCAGUUUGUGGGAAAAGUUUCAGUCAGAAUUCUUAUCUGGCAGAACACCAGAGGACUCACACAGGAGAGAAACCCUUUGAAUGUCCUCUUUGUGGGAAAGGUUUCAGCCAGAAUUCCACUCUGGUAACACAUCAGAGGACACACACAGGAGAAAAACCCUUUGAAUGUCCUGUUUGCGGGAAAUGUUUCUGUUACAAUUCCAGCCUGGUGAGCCAUCAGAGGACUCACACAGGAGAGAAACACUUUGAAUGUUCUGAUUGUGGGAAAAUUUUCAGUCAGAAUUCUCACCUGGUGAACCAUCAGAGGACUCACUUAGGAGAGAAACCCUUUGAAUAUCUUGAUUGUGGGAAUAGUUUCAUUGACAAUUCUUACCUGGCAAAACACCGUAGGACUCAUGCAGGAAAGAAACCCUUUGAAUGUCCUCUUUGUGGGAAAAGUUUCAGGCAGAAUUCUCACCUAGUGAGCCAUCAGAGGACUCACACAAGAGAAUAA